AUAUUCGUACUACAAUUUUUUCCACUGAUACAACUAUUAAAUCAGAUGAAACUAAUUCCUUUUUUAAAAAAAUAAAUAUUAUGGAUUUAGAAAAAAGAAAAGAAGUUUACGGGGUAUGUGGAGAAUGUAAUGAACCAGGUACAGGAUGGUGUUGGUGCCAAUCUUGCAAUGCUAAAAGAUUUAAGGAAAAUUUUAAAAAUUGGACUAGUGGAAAUAAAAAUAUUGACGAAUUAAUACAACAAUCACAACUUGAUGCUUUACAUACUUUUAAAUGUCUUGAAUGGAUACCUUUUGAAAAAUUUAAAAACGUUACCUAUAUUACCAGAGGAGGUUUCAGUAAAAUUUAUUCGGCUGACUGGCCUGAAGGAAAUAUUGAAUAUUGGGAUAUUGAAAAUCAAGAAUGGGUCCGAGAAUUAAAUGUAAAAGUUGCAUUAAAAAGUUUAGAUAAUUCAUCUAAUAUGAGUAAUGAUUUUUUGAAUGAGAUUAAAUAUUAUAUUUCAGGUCAUUUUUCUUGUGUUAAUACCGUCAUAUGUUAUGGAAUGACUCAAGAUCCAGAUACUCAAAAUUAUAUGAUGGUUUUACAGUAUUAUGAGAGUGGAAAUUUGAGAAAUAAUGUAAUGAAUGAUUUAGUAGAAUAUAAGAUUAAAAUUCCAUAUUUAUUUUGGAUCAUAGAUGGACUUUCAGCUAUUCACGAUGCUGGAAAAGUUCAUAAAGAUUUGCAUUCAGGCAAUAUACUAGUUCAUCGAAGACUUAUAUUAAUUAGUGAUUUAGGAAUGUGUCAAUCGGUAAAUGAUAAUGAGCGAAAAGGAAUUUAUGGGGUAAUGCCUUAUAUGGCACCAGAAGUUUUACGUGGAUAUCAAUAUACAACGGCAGCAGAUAUUUAUUCUUUUGGAAUAAUAAUGAACGAACUUAUGUCAGAAGAAAUUGCUUUUAAUGAUAUUCCUCAUGAUCGUACUUUGGCCGUUAAAAUAUGUAAAGGAUUUAGACCAAAAAUUUCUGAAGAUACACCAAAAUUAAUUGGAAAUUUGAUUAUUAAAUGUUGGGAUGCUAAAGCAGAAAAUAGACCAACUGCUAAAGAAUUAUUUCAACUAUUAAGAAACUAUUUCGAUGAACUUAACGAAGAAGUUGGCGAAAUAUAUUCUCAAAUAGAAGAAUGUGAAAAAAUUAAAGAGAAUAAAUUAAAAAACAGAACAAAAGAAAAUAAACCUAAAAAUCUUCAAACACACCCACAAGCAAUUUAUACUAGCAGACUUUUAAAUUUUAAAAAUCUUCCAGAACCAGUUAAUUCAAUUGAUUAUUUAUCUUCUUUUCAAGAACCCAUUUCGUCAACAUCAGCAAAUCCAAUUUCUGAACGCCUGAAUUAUGAAUUAAGUGAAUUAGAUCUCAAUCAAGAUGAUAUUUUUUAAAUUUUUUUUAUAAUACGUACAGUAUAUUACUUCAUUUUUAUGAAUUCUUUUUGAUUCUCAAUAUUUUGUUAUUAUUUUCCUUACAAAAAUAUUUUUAGAAAAAAACAUGCAAAAUUUAAAAAUUUUUUUUUUAUCAUAGUAUAUUGUAAAUCACAUGACUUUAUCGGAUCAAAGAAAAAUGAAUUGAAUAAAUAUACAAUCUCG